AUGGCGACCGAGUACCUCGCCGCUGAGACUGCCAUGAAGGUCGAGUCCGAGGAGGUCCCUGUCGGCCACCGCGGCGGGCCGCCUCUUUACGGAAGGAUGAUGAAGUCCAUUCAGACUGGCCAUACCUUUGGCAACCGCGUUCGCAUGCUGAAGCUGCCCCUCAUCUUUCUCGAGGAGGGUCUCUACGCGGGCGCCAUCACGCAGUUCUACUUUCUGUCCGUGGCACUCGAGGCGCAGCUUGACCGGCACAGCUCGGACCCGAUGGUGGCAAAGGUGCUCGGCCUCGGUCUGCGGGUCGCCCCCGGCUAUGAGGCGGACCUGCGUGAGCUGUACGGCGAGGGCUGGCGGGAGGUGGCCUCGAGGGCGCGCACCGCGGCGACGGAGGCCUAUGUGGGCGUCAUCGAGUCGGCCGACGCGGUGUCGCUGGUGGCGGCCGCCUUCAUUCUCUGGGGCGCGCUGGUGGUGGGAGGCGGCAAGGCGACGCAGGCAAAGGUGCGGAAGGUGAUCCCGCGCUGCGAGCACAGGCUGUUUGACGUCGCGGAGGACAUGAAGAAGGCGCGGCAGAGCUUCAAGAACACCUUCACGGCGAUCGGCAAGGAGUGGCCGGAGCACUUCGCGACGCUCGAGGCGGAGGCGGCGCGAUUCAUGGACCUCAACAACUCGGUCGUGCUGUCGGUGCGGUGCUGGGGGGUGACGGCGACCGCCAUAACAGCCGGCGUGGCCGCGCUCGGAGUCGGUGCCGUGGUUGCGUGCCGGGCGAGGGCGUGA